AAUCUGUAUAUAUCAUUAAAUGAUGUAAAUCUAACCAAACCUAACCUGUUUUAUCAACAAAAUCGUUUUAACGAUUAUUUUCAUCAUCCACAACACAACAGCAAUAAUUGUCGUCAGAAUUUUUUUCAAUCAAUCAAUAUAUAUGAUAUAAUUUGACGAAAUUUUAACCAACAACAACAACGACAACAUUCCUUUUUAUGAUAAUAAAUAAAACAAAGAAUGAAAGAUGACCAAAAUAUGCGACAUAAAAUACAACAUAACGAAACAUGGUUUGUCAAAGAUGUAUGCGGAAUUAUUUGUGCUUUAUUUUCUUACAUAUUAAUAAUUUUCGCUCAAUAUGUAUUGAUUACGGUUAUUUGGUCACCAGAAGAGAAUACGAUUCUCAAAAUGAUCAAUAUAGUUGUAUUUGAAUUUUUUGUUUUCCUUGCAUUCGCUGCUCACCUACGAACAAUGUUCACUGACCCGGGAUCGGUGCCUAAAGGAACCGCAACGAAAGAAGCGAUUGAACAACUAGGUCUUAUCGAUGGCCAAGUUCUUUAUAAAUGUACGAAAUGUUCAUGUAUCAAACCGGAACGUGCACAUCAUUGUUCAGUUUGUCAACGAUGUAUAUCGAAAAUGGAUCAUCAUUGUCCAUGGGUUAAUAAUUGUGUGGGUGAAAAUAAUCAAAAAUUUUUCGUCCUUUUCACUUUUUAUAUUGCCAUCAUUUCAAUACAUGCAUUGGUAAUGGUAUUCAAUCAUUUUAUGAAAUGUUUGGACAAUGAAUGGAAACUUGAUUCAAAUUCAACAUUAUGUGGUACAACAUACAAAGAUCCAAAAACUGGAUUCGUCAUGUCAUCAUCACCGGCACCGAUCAACAUUAUACUAUUGAUAUGUGUUGUAUUCGAAGGCUUGCUAUUCGCUAUAUUCACAUUAAUCAUGUUUGCUGUACAAAUGCAAGCCAUUUGGAAUGAUGAGACCAGUAUUGAACAGUUGAAAAAAGAAACAAAUAAACGUUGGAGCCGUCGACAACGAUGGCGUAAUAUGCGAGCCGUAUUUGGUCUAAAAGGUUUUAGUAUGGCCUGGUUUUCACCAUUUACCAGAGUUGAAUCUAAAGCCUAUGUUGAAUCAAAUUAUACUGUUUAAUCAUUGAGAUGAUUGGCGAAUCUGUAAAUAUUAUAAUUCCAAGCCAUUCAUAUCUCUAUCAUCAUCAUCAUCAUUUUAUCGUUCAUCAUAUUCAUCAAGGAGAAAAAAAACGCAUACAUCACGUUACGAACCAAUAUUUUCGGAAAAAAACAGGCGCCAAUUUACAGAGGACCACCGCCAAAUAUUAUUAUUUGUUGCUGUAUCAUCAUCAUCAUCAUCAUCAUGGUCGGUCGAUCAAUCGGUGUUGAUUAUGAUGAUGAUUAUGAUCAGAGAUCAUAUCAAAAAAGAAAAACGAUUUACUUUGAAGAAUCUGUACAUAAAUUCACUAGCCUCUCUCUCUCUCACUUUAUUUAGCAAUAAACAACGAAAAUUGAUGGCCAUAAAUUCUACGACCAUGAUGAUGAUGAUGAUGAUGAUGAUGAUGAUCACGAGGAUAAUGUUUCUGUAAAUAAAAUCCGAACCAAUAAGAAUAAGAUAUAUAUACACACACACAGAGAGAAACAUCGAAUGCUUCAGAAACGAAUUUUUUUUUAAUUUAUCUGUUAUUUAA